AUGGCUGCUCCCUCCGCGGCCCUCUCCAUCUCCGGUGGGGCGCAUACCAGUGCAUUUGGAUGCAAGCCGAAGAAGCUGAUCUCAAACAGAAAUUUCUUGCAGCUAGCAGUUCCCUCAAAUUCCCAAAAUGCAAAUCUUUAUGGAAAGUUAACCGUCUGCAGAGCAGAAAGUGAAGAUUCUAAAGGCGGGGGAGGAUUCUUGACUGGAUUUCUCAUAGGGGGAGCAGUCUUUGGAACACUGGGUUAUGUCUUUGCUCCUCAGAUCAGCAAAACUUUAGAUACAUUGCUGAAUGACGACGGGCAAGAUGGUAAGCCUGACGAGCAAGGCGUCCAAAGUGUACCAAGGCCACGUAAUGCUCAAUACUAUGAUGAAGGUUUAGAGAAAACUCGUCAGACACUGGGUGACAAGAUUAGCCAACUGAACCUUGCGAUUGACAAAGCUGCCGCCCGAUUGAAGCGUGUCACUGGCAGUGUCGAAAAAGAGGCUGUUAAAGAUGAAACCGAAAUUGAAAUAUCAACACUGGAUGAUAAUGGAGUUUUGGAAGGAAACUCGAGUGAACAGGGUUUUGUGCAAGGAGAAAGUGCAACAUAA